AUGCCAUCGGAUUCCGAUGAUGCUGGGGCGCGGGAUAAGUCGCCCUCGAAAUCACUGGGCCGAUUGGCGUCAACUGAUGACUCUAUGGUAGAAAGCACCGAUGAUGAUGUGGACUCUUCGGAUGUAGAUGCUGGCGCAAAAGCAGACAAAGAAGCAGCUGAGCUUGAAGAACUAAGCAAAAGAACGAAAAUGAUGAUGGCUGAUUUCAAGAAACCGAUGCUUCGCCCAGUAGAUUCUAUACGAAUCGAUGUAACCCAAGCGAAUGCUGUUCUGGAGGUACCAGAACAACGAGCCACUAUCAGUGAAGGAGUCCAAGGAGUGUUGGGAGACACCAUCGAGGUGGACAAUGACUGGGUGACGAAUGGCGUGCGAGCCAGUCACGUUUCCUAUCUGCACGCUCAUUCGAAUAUUUGGAGCGUCGAAGUCGCCCCCACUGUUGCUGUAGUCGUGGCAAAUCGGUUCUGGACAAUUAUCGGAUGCUAUGAUCGCAGUAUUUUCGUGUACUCAAGCAAGAAUGGCAAAGUGCAUUUCCGAAAUCAGCUGGAUUCGGCGCCAGUGCGAAUGGGGAUCAACGGCCACAAGAUGUUUGUGCUCACGCAAACAGGGCAUUUAAGCACAUGGGAUAUCGACAAGAUCAAGGCCAUAAUAUCUCGCCAAUCAAUCACUGAUUGUGUUGUAAAAGAUGCAAAUCUCAUGUCGAUAUCAGUAACCUCAAGUGGAAUACCUCUGUUAGGAUUCUCAACUGGGAACAUUUUCACUUUUUCACAGGACAUGAAUUGCUGGCAAAUAGUGGAUUCAAUGUCACCGCUAAUGAAGCUCUGCGAUUCCAUCGAAGCCGAUGAGCUACCCGAUGGACCGAUAGGAAAGCUACUGAAGCGACGAAAACGGCCUGGACUUUUGCCGUCAGUACCACGUAACGUUUCUGCGUCAGUCAAACAAUCGUUGUUGGAAGGAUGGCUUUUGGCGGCGAAGACGACUGGUAGUUCAACGGAUUUCCGUGGCUUGUUAAUGAGUUACGUACAGCAGCUCGUCAAAGAUAGUGAGUUUCUAUGGCUAACGUUUUGCCGCCCUACCUCUUCAGAAGGGCUGAGAAAAUGGGGAAUUCCGAACCUAAAGGCACACUUC